AUGUCGGAGAAAGGAAAACAGCACUCUCUUUUUUACUUCAACUUAACCACGUUCAUGAACAUUGGACACAACUGAUAUCUAGCCUUUGUCUUUUGCCUCCUGUUUUACAGCUUUAUUGUGUCUGCUAAUCUUACCAUGAUAAUAUUACUGGAAAGAACACUACAUGAGCCCAUGUAUAUGUUUAUUGCAUGUUUAUCUGUCAACUCUCUGUAUGGUUCUACUGGUUUCUUCCCCAGAUUCCUCAUGGACCUUCUGUCUUUUAUUCAUUUGAUCACUCGCCCUGCUUGUUUCACUUAGAUCUAUGUUAUUUAUACUUAUGCUUCCUAUGAAGUGACCAUUCUCAGCAUCAUGGCAUAUGGUAGAUAUAUUGCUGUAUGUUAUCCUUUACACUAUUACAGAAAGAUGAACUCUAGAACUAUCUGUGCAUUAACAUUUCUUGCCUGGGUCUGUCCAGCUUGUAACCUUACAGUAACCAUUAAUAUGCUUGCCAGGCUUCCUCUAUGUGGUAACAAUGUACAGAAGGUAUACUGUGACAAGAGACAAAUCCAUUUGCGGCUGUAA